ACGUCAGCAAGAAUGCGGAACACAAUUCACACCCACCACACAACACAACAACACAACAACAACACAACACUCACUGCACAGUUUCUUUUCUGAAGUGCACUAAAGGCCUGAAACUGCGGUGUGUUAUCUCAUGUAAGUGUUUGAACAGCAGCUGCUAACGUCACAUUUGUGUUGUGGCUAUGAUCAGGUGUAAUGGAAGGCAGCGAGUUUUUGGACUCCAGUGCUGUGAUUGCAGAUGAAGACUCUCUCAUUGAAGGUGUGAGUGACUCUGUGCUGCUGGUGGUGGUUCUCAGUGUCACGUUUCUGGCUGGACUCGCAGCGCUGCUCAGCAGGAAUGAGCAGCACAGGAUUCACCCAGAGAAUCAGGAGCAUGUCCGUGUCAUCAGAGAGCAGCUUCAAACUGAACCGGUGUCGUCUCAGGAGUCGAGACAUCAGUACUAUUCAGACAUGUCGUGUCCCGUGUGUCUCCAGCUCGCCAGUCUACCCGUAGAGACCAACUGUGGCCAUCUGUUCUGCGGUCCGUGCCUCAUUGCCUACUGGCGUUAUGGCACCUGGCUCGGUGCGAUCAACUGCCCCAUCUGCAGACAAAUGGUGACCCUGCUCUUCCCUCUUUUCCACGACACGGACCGCAGUGCUCAAACACAAGACGGACAGGUGGAUCCCGCUCUGAUUCUCAGUGACAUCAAUGAUUACACCCGCAGAUUCUCUGGACAGCCGCGAUCUCUGCUGGAUCGUCUGCGAGACGUCCCCACACUGCUGCGUCACGCGUUCAGAGAGAUGUUCUCGGUGGGCGGUUUGUUCUGGAUGUUCCGCAUCAGGAUUCUGCUGUGUCUGAUGGGCGCUCUGACAUAUCUGGCGUCACCGCUGGACUUCAUCCCGGAGGGUGUGGUGGGUCUGCUCGGCUUCAUGGACGAUUUCUUCGUCAUUCUCCUCCUCUUCAUCUACAUCUCCAUCAUGUACCGUGAGGUGGUGACGCAGAGACUGGCGUGAUCAACGGCAGCGCAGGACACAUGCGUGUGUGACCGCUGCGGCUUCAUGAACAUCUGAGCAGAUCACCGGGUGGCAUGACCGAAAGACAUCACAAGUGUGCUUCUAAUCUGAAACUUCUGUUUUACUGCACUGCAAAAAAUAAUUGUUAUUAUUUAUAAAAAGAAUUUUGGGCUUAUUUUCCAGUAAAAAUAUUGAAAUAUCCUUAAAACAAGAAGAAAAUGCAGCACAAUAUGGCAGAAGAAAUGAAGCCUGUUUUCAGAGCAAUCAAACAAUAUUCAGUAGAGUUUCUGCUUGAAAACAAGACCAAUAUUUGCUAAUGAGGUAAUAAAAUAAACAUUUUCUUGUUAUAAGCAGAAACAUCACUAAAUAUCUUUAGAUUUCUCUGAAAACAAGACAAAAUAAAAUAUCUUCUGCAACUUUGUCUCAAGUAACUUGAUCGUGUUUUAAGAAAGUUUCGAUAUAUAUUAACACGAGACUCUGUAAGAAAAUGAUUUAUUUAUUUUUAUUAUUGUUUUUUCCAGUGUAAACUAGUACAGUAUUUUAUCUUGUUUACCAGUAAAAGUAUCUAAACACUAAAAUAAGAUACAUUUACUUGAGAAGUUUAAUAGCACGAGAUUAAGACUUUUUGUUCAUUUUUUUUUAUAAAGUUUAUUUUUCUUACUCUGUUGUCAAAUAGUUUUUAUUUUAUCUUUUAAACACGUCUUAAUCUCAUGCAGCUUCACUUCUGGAGUAAGUGUAUCUUGUUUUAAGGAUGUUACUGAUAAGGAAAAUGAUUUCUGCUGUGUGACUGUUGUGUUACAAGUGUUUUUUAAUAAAACAUGUUUAUUUUGUAGGAAACACGUCAGAUGAAAACUCACUGAAGUGGGUUGCUGGAGUGACGUGUUCAUGAUGUGAUCAGGAUGUAAAGUGCACAUCCUUCAGUCAAACACAUUCAGGAACAGCUUGUGUUUAACCUUGUUUACAGAUGUUAUACAUGUGAUGUGGAAUAUAAAGAGGGCUCGUCAUGAAUAAAGAUGUUCUUCUGCCUGAUAAAAAUCA